UCAGGCACCUCAUGGCCGUUGGCGGGAGCGAGCUGGACAACCUGGAGGAGAAAGUCAUACAGGUGAACCCUCUCCUGGAAGCGUUUGGUAACGCACGCACCAAACUCAACAACAACUCCAGCCGUUUCGCAAAGUUCCUCCGCAUCGACUUCAGCAACACGUCCGGGAAAAUAACCAGUGCACGGAUCUCAGGAGAGGACUUUCCACAGCUUCUACGCCCUGCUGGCGGGGGCGUCUGACCAGUUGUUGGAACAGCUUUAUCUGGACAGGAGUUAUGUCUACACGUGUGUUUGUGAGUGUGCGUGUGCGUGUGUGUGUGUGUGAGAGAGAGAGGGGGAGGGGAGAAAGA